AUGACGGGGUCCAUCGCAUUGACCUUCCCACAUAAUGGCAGCAUACCAUGGGUCAGAACUUUUGUAUACUCUUUUGUAAGUCCGGAGAAUGACCCUAUACCUACUGACGGUGAUACUGAACAUGACGUGGAAGCUGGAUCAGGAGCCACCAAUCAGACCAGAUCGUUCCUACAUGAACACGGAACAGUGUCAGCGCAGACAGAAAGAUACCUCACUAGUCCAUGGCUGACGCGUUUUGUUCCUUCAAUGUACACCUUAGUGCUUGUGCUGAGUCUCCCUCUGAACAUUACAGCAAUACUCGUGUUUCUGAAAAAAAUGAAAAUUGAAAAGCCAGCUGUAGUGUACAUGCUGAACUUGGCCCUUGCAGAUGUCCUGUUUGUAAGUGUGCUUCCUUUUAAGAUUGUGUAUCACUUUUCUGGAAACAACUGGGUUUUUGGACCUCAUAUGUGCCGAUUCAUCACUGCUGCCUUCUACUGUAACAUGUAUUGUUCAAUAAUGCUUAUGACAAGCAUAAGCUUUGAUCGCUUCUUGGCAGUGGUGUAUCCCAUGCAGUCUCUUGGGUGGCGUACGUUAACACGUGCCUCACUGAUUUGUUUCAUCAUAUGGCUUGUAGCAAUAACUGCGGUUAUACCUUUUCUCAUCAGAGAACAAACGCUGGAAAUAGCCAAGUUAAAUAUAACAACUUGUCAUGAUGUGCUAAGAGAAUCUGAACUUCGCGGCUUUUAUCUCCGUUUCUUCUCCAUAUUCUCUUCUGUGUUUUUUGUAGUUCCAUUUAUAAUUUCUACUGUCUGUUACGUGUGUAUCAUUCGAUGUCUAAGUUCUUCUACCAUUGUUGAAAAACAAAAUAGGAAGACGCGUGCCUUGCUCUUGUGUGUGGCUGUUUUUUCUGUUUUUGUUAUUUGCUUUGGACCAACAAAUGUCCUCCUAUUAAUUCAUUAUAUCCAUUUUUCUUAUGACAACAGCUUAGAGUAUCUCUACUUUGUCUAUCUUCUCUGUGUUUGUAUCAGCAGCGUUAGCUGUUGCAUUGACCCCUUUAUUUACUACUAUGCUUCUUCUCAGUAUCAAAGACAACUUUGCAGUCUCUUCAGUUGUAAAAAGACUUCUGAUCCUAACAGUAACAACAGCAGUGGCCAGUCAAUGUCUACCACUAGUAGAAGGGCCACAUGCUCUACUAAUGUGAAUAACAGUGUCUACAGGAAAUUACUAGCAAUGCAUUGA